CGGCGACCAAAUGUGAUCAUGGUUCAGCCUGCAGACCCCGAAAACUGCAUCCACUUGGGAGACACGUCUGAUGAGGACAGUGACUUGAGUCUCCAGCCAGAUGCUCUCAAUCCAGACGCCACCAGCAUAAAUGAGGACGCAGAGCUCCCUCCCAUUGCAUCUGAUGAUUGCAAGGACCACCAGGACGAGGAGAGCAGCGAGGAGGAAACAGACGCAGAGAACAGUGGUGACAGCAACAAAAAGAAAAAGAAGAAGAACCGCUUCAAACGCGUCUGGUCUUGGAUGAAGAUGACAUUCCUCUGCUGCGUCUUUGUGGACAUGAUGGAGUGAAGUUCACGAAUGCUGUCUUAGAGUGCUCUGAUUUCUCUCCACACUCCAAAGACGUUGUGGAUCGUCACUGCUGGGGAAGCUCCUAUGAA